AACUCUCAAUAAACAAAAAGCGAGCCGAGGAUUGAGCAAAAGUACAACGUCCACACUGCUAAUGGAAUUCAAUUUUUAUUGAUUCAGUCGAGGAUAACAGAUUUUUCCUUCAUUGAUGGGGCAAAGGCUGGCAUUUGAUUACAAUUCGGCUAAAUUGGCCCGUGACCUUCAAAAUCGAACGCGCUUGUUUUUCGAGGAUAUGAGUCGAAUCGAACCCAUUGUGCUAAAAUGGUAGCUUUAGCCCCUACAAAUAACUUCAGAUGAGGCGUUCUAUUGUGAACUGGACUUAGGCCAAAGUGCACAGGUAUAAAUAUUAGAUUACAAGUAUGAUAUGGAGUAUAUUGCUAGGAAAUAAUGUGAUCUUCUUUUUCCAAACCGUCAAAUGAAAUAAUAAUUAUGAACAUAUUAUACGAUGGCUUGUAUUCCCUCUAGGUGCCAAAGCAGCUUGUGAUAUAAAUUAUGGUAAAGAUCUCUUUGAAGUUUCUUGUCCGAAUGGUGUCUUUCGUGUAUGACGUAACUGCUAUCCCCAUGCUGGCCAAAAACAGGGAGGAGUCAUAGGAUGUGGGGAGUAAGCGUAGGUCAAGUAAAUUUCCAGUGGAGAUCUCAAAUAGACCUUCACCGUAUUAGGGGCUCUACACAUCUCCGUUCCAACAAGGCGGUUUUAACUGAAAUGGGAAUCGGCUUUGGAACCGCCACUCAAAAUCGCCAUCCGACGGGUCGGCGCAUCAUCCACAUCAUGUGUGGUUUAACCGUCGUACAAGUCAGAUUUAAAAAUGGCAGAGUGCACUAACAAUGACGAUUUGCUUGCAAUGUAUGCGCUGCUCGAGGCCAAGAAAAAGAAAAAGAGAAAAAUAUGGAUGGAAGACUGGCUUCAGAAAAGCGAACGUGUUCCAAUAUUUUGUGGUAAUUACGGCCUCAUCCUGAUGGUUUCGGUAAUUACUGCACAUCGUGACACAGAGUCCAACAUGGAACUGAACCCCUUCAGUGAAUGCAUAUGUAUGUGGAUCUUUUUUUCUCCUUAAUUAUUGAAAACUUCAGGGACACAUUCCAUGACUAUGUUUGUUAGCCCGGUGAAGAAAGAACAGGCACAGAAGGCUUCUGGGGAGACAAUAUUUAGAUAAAAGAUAAGAAAAUUGGACUGUUGUAAACAAAGAAAGAAAACAACGUUUAUUGUUUUAGAGUCUCCAGUCUUCUAUGGUUACCUAACAAUUUGAAACAAUAUGGUAUUUUAUUAUUCGCAUUUUCCCUCUACACGUUGAGAAGAAUUGACGCAUUCAUUUGCUGUCCAAUCUCAAACAAAACUGAUGACUUGUCCGAUAGGCCCCUACACUAAAGUAUUGAACUUUACGCCAUAGCCUAACCGAAGCGAGCUAAAUUAAGUUCAUUUAUUAUAUGAAGAUACUUUUUUUAUUUUGAUAUUCAUUAGAAAUGUCACAAAAGGCUGCAAUGCAUUGUAACCAAUAUGAUUGUGCUACACUUCGCCAUAGACAGAAGCCUCAGAAACAGUCAAAUACAGUAAGAUCGAUGAAAAUAUGACAGGGGAGAAACAAUAGGAACAGACAGAAUCCCGGCAGUAGAAUAGCAGCUAAGUUUGAAUGACGACGAGGUACAAUAUACUUGACACUAUUUACGUCUCAUCUCUUUAUCCAGUCCUUUCUCCAUUAUUUUUCCCUUACUCACAAGACCACGUUCCAACUCAAUUAAACAGAGACUUGCGAUUCUUCUAACUCACAGAAUGUAAGAAACACUCACACAAACUAGAAUAAAUCGACAUACAAUAUCAUAUAAUACGCAUUGUAUUUGAAAUCAUAAGUUAUUGUUGACUCAAAAAAAAAAUGUCAGUUGAAUAGACAAUUGAGCUCAAAAUAGUCCAAAAUGUUUCAGGUAUAAAUCAACUUGACCGUGUGUUCCAGGUUAAAUGUGACGGGGACACUCUUGUGGUAUCGUCGGCCCACUCAUCUCACCAUGAUUUCUAUGUUUCAUGAAUUACAUCGGGGUUUGUGCUUUGCUAUAAUUAUUACGGGGAUCCUUUCUGACGAGCGAGUCCAGUAUGUUCUAGCGUUUCCAAAACAUCUCAACUACGCUGUUCCUUCCUUGGCCAUCUCGCCACUGUCACAAGACUUUGCUAUGAAUAUCGAGGUUACUGUAACAGCACCCGCACGUAAGACUUCAUCAGGUGAAAUACAGACUCUGGAAUAUUCACACAACUUUACGUCCACCUCAAACGAGCAAUGGCUUCUUAACUUGGAGUAUUUGACUCAUUUCGACAUUUCAGGUGUCGGAAAGAAACAAGGAAUUGUCGUAACUUCCCCAGUCCAGCUAGUCGUCCAGGCAAGAAGUUUGAAAGUCAAACUACCUAAAAGUCGUUCUAAGAGUUCUGGAGUGUUUAAUGUUAUGCCCAUUACCCUGUUGUCGUUUGAAUAUUUAGUGGUCACAGAAUGUGUGAUUUCGUUUUGUAUUCUUCUUGUUGUGAAUCCUGAGGGGGUCAAUGAAGUCACAAUUGAACUAAAACUGGACCCAACGCAAAGCAAUAUCACGUACAAAGAAAUAUACUUUCACUCUGGGCAAUUUUUACAGGAAUCAUUAGGACCCCUAGAUGUUUUGCAGAUUUUGGCCAAGAAAACAGACCUCACAGGUACAUGGGUCAGGGCACAGAGGAGAAUAGCGGUCGUUGCGGGAGCAGAUUUCGAUUGUGUGGGGUUAAACAUUUCCUUAUGUCGAAGAAAAGACAUGACAAUAGAGCAACUCCCCCCUGUGUCUGCUUUAGCUCAGGACUACGUUUUAGCACCUCUGUUCAAUGGAAAUCUGACUUGUUUCGUCAAAAUUGGGUACAUCAAUCCUUCGACGACUUUUUCCGGUUUGGAACAUGUUGAGACAAAUGUGGACACGUUUAAGAACACAUCCACUUAUUUACUUUUUGAAUUAGGAGACAAUGUUAUUUAUCUGCACGCAUCUGCGCCCGUGUUGGUUCUACAGUAUGUUGUGUCUCAAGAGAUAGUUAAUUCCUUUGACUAUUCAGCUGCAGUUCAAUAUCCUAUCUCCAAAUGGGAUACUCGUGCAGAGUUUUUAACUUUUGACAACAAAAAUAAGCGAAUUGUACUUGCAGCGUCAUGCGAAUGCAUAAAUGUAAUUAAAAUCGGAGUAGCUAUUGAAGAAUUGUAUACACCUUUGAGAGCCGAAGACCCGACAGGGAUUUCUCAUUUUUGUUCUAGAGAAAUGGUUCUCAUUCCAAACAAUACAGUAAAUAAAGUUGAGAUAAAUGGUGAGAACUGUCCUUUCAGCGGUUUUGUCUUGGGAAAGGAACAUGAAAAGUCUGGCUGGAUAGUUCCGAUCACAUCUUCCAAUAUUACUAAGCUUAACUCUACGACUUCUGAGCCUCAUGUAAAAAAUAUAGAGACAAAAAAAAAUACCGUCAAUAACACAAACAUUGUUGAAGAAUCACUUCAAAGUCCAACCCCUCAGUUCAGAAGUAAAGUGUGCCCAUGCUCAUGUCUUUAUGCAUCCAAGAGAUAUCAAGACCUGCUAAAUGAGAAAGUCUUGUCCUCGAAGAUGGCAGGCAUCCAGAGAUAUCUCCAUGUUCCUAGAGUAAACCUCUCCAAAAGAGUAAGGAGCAAAAUGUCGGCUAUAGACCACAGGCCGUCCAGCACUUCAGUAGGUUUCAUCAUAUUUGGGUGCACGUUUUUGCCAAUAUUUGGUGGCAUAAUAGUAAAUGAUUGCUGUAGGGCAUGGCGAUAUAUAUUUUGUCGUGGGUGCUUUAAGAGAAUAGCUUCCUUUUAAUAAAUUAAGGAAACCAAUCUGUGGAAAUUUGAAUUGUUCGUUUUUAUAAAGGCAUUGAUUUUCUCAAAGGCUGUGAUAUAAAAAGAACACUUGUUUGAAAGCUCCAUAAGCUUGAAUACAAAAUAGGAAAAUAUGAUUUCUUUAUCAAAGGUCUCCAUUCAACUUCAGUUCCGGCCCCCACCCAAUAAAAAGACCCCCCCCCCCUUUUUAAAAAAGAACAUUAUAAAUACCGCCAUCCCCAACAUACCACAGGUAUCCCCUCCCUGUCCGAACAAAAUAAUAAGUAGACCCCCCCCCCUCCCGCCUCAGAUAAAAACAGAAAAAUAGAGACCGCACCCUCAAUUCCUUAAAAAAAAAAAAAAAACUUAAAAAAUUUAUCCCACCCCCUUAUAAUAGUUCCUCUUUAAAGUAACCACAGAAGGCGUGUCUAAUUGGGAAGGAACCAUUCUCAAGCUUGACUAGGCCUGUCAGAUCUGCGAGACCUCAUGUCCUAAAAAUGCAAAUGUUAGAUCCUAACACCCUAACACAGAGCCAAGUACUCCGUCUUGCCCGGGGGG